AUGAAAAAAUUUAAACAAAAGAAUUCGAAAUUGAAACUUCUUAAUCAUUUGGGACAAACCCAGAAUUAAAAUCAACCAAAAGCACUUCUUACAGUAUCUAUUUAAAAAAUGAAUUUAAAAGAUAUCAAAGAUGGAGGAAUUGAUUUCUUAACUUUUGAACAUGGAAUAGAUAAAAUAUCAUCUUAAAGUGAAGAAAUAAUAAAAAGAAUGUGUAAUUAUGAAAGCUAUAUUAAUUGGAAUUAAUUCUUGAAUAUUUUAAAUGGGAUUUCUGGGAAAACAUUAGAAUCUAAAAUUAAUAUUUUUAUAAAUGUUGCAGAUACUGAUAAAAGUGGAACUCUAGCAAAAGAAGAAAUAAGUGAGUUAUGUAAUAUAUGUUUAAAAAAAAUUCUUCCUGUAUAAAAUGGAGAUGAUUCUAUGAUUAAAGAUUUAGUUGAUUAUUUCACAAAAUUAUUAUUUAGUAGUUUAAAUGUUGAUCUAGAAGAUGAAAUUCCACUAUAUAAAUUAAAGGAUGCAAUAUUAAAUGGAAAUCCUGAAAGUGAUUUAAUAUGUUUUUUCUGUGGUAUAGAAAAUAAUCAUUGA